UUGCUUCAUUGGUGUUGCGAGCAGCGAGGGGCAUCUAUCUCCCCCUCCGGCCGUCUAUAUCCCAGCUUGAGAAUCUUGUUGUUUUUCAGUUGAUCUGAGCUUCUAAACUUGCAGAAUGGGUGAUAUAGCUCGUGGACUUGAGAGCCUGGGUCGUGUACUAGGUGGGAGCAUGAAGCCAGGUAGAUUGAAGUUGCCAGUUUUAAGUCACAUCACAGAUAAUUUCUCCGAUAAUCGAAAAAUCGGCGAAGGUGGCUGUGGCCAUGUCUACAAGGGCAUCCUCCCAAGUGGCAAGAUGGUUGCUGUCAAGAAGCUUUUCAAAAGCCAAACGAUGGAUGAGAGGAUGUUUCAGCAGGAGGUCGAAACCAUGAUGAGUGUUAAGCACCAAAAUAUAGUUAGGUUUAUAGGGUACUGCUCUCAUACAGAACAAGAAGCGGUGCAAAUGACAAGAAAACAUGUUUUUGCAGAUGAUCUGGAAAGGCUGCUCUGUUUUGAGUAUAUCAGCAAGGGAAGUCUUGAGGACCAUGUAACCGAUGAAUUAAGGGGACUUGAAUGGCAUAUUCGUUUUCAAAUUAUUAAGGGGAUUUGUCAGGGUUUGCAUCAUCUUCAUAAGGAAAAGAGUAUUAUUCAUAUGGAUCUCAAACCUGCCAACAUACUAUUAAAUGAUGAUUUGGUGCCAAAGAUAACAGAUUUUGGCAUAUCAAGAUCUGGGGAAACAUCAGAAACUAUGAGUGAAGUUCGUAUGUAUUCACCACAAUAUUGCGCUCCAGAAUACAAAUUUGAUCGGAGAAUGUCAUUCAUGUCAGAUAUUUACAGUUUGGGUGUCAUAAUCAAAGAGAUGGUGACCGGAAGUAGGGAGGAGCCUAAUGUUGAUAGGGUACAAAGAAGAUGGAGGCACAGGUGGAAGAAUGCAAAGCACAUGUCACUAGUAUAUCAGCAACAAGUGACUAAAUGCCUCCAAUUGGCGCAAAGGUGCACUAACUUGGAGCCCACAGAAAGGCCUGAUAUACUGGUUAUAAUCCGUGAACUUAAUGAAAUGGAUAGUACACCAGACAUUAGCAAUGCAAGUAUAUCUACAGUUGAGCAGCAGAGAAACUCUUUCUUGGAGGACAUGCUUGGGAUAGAGCCACUGGACCUGCAUUUCACUGCUGAGCAUAACAAGCAGACGUCAGGAUCAAUCAAACUGACCAAUGAUACCGAUGACUACAUUGCCUUUCAGAUAUCCCUCGAGGAAAAGAAUAUUGCUUUUUGGGUAUCAGCCCCAAGCCGACUUCCGUUGUGCGUGCAUCCGAACAAAGAUGUUGUCCCACCACGGUCCUCAUGCAGGGUCACCGUAACAUUGGAAGCAGUAAAGAAGCCACUGCAGAAGAAGCACUGUAUAGAGAAGUUCUGUGUGCAGAGCACCAGAGUAGAUAAGGGUGUUACAUCCAAGCAUAUAACGGGAGACAUGUUCAAGGAAGAGGCAGGCAAAGAUGUUGACAUGGUGAACUUUAUGGUAAGCGUGCAUGCACCAAAGCAGCUCCUGAUUGUGGAUCCCCUUGAGCUCCGAUACAGGACUAUUGAGCUGAAUAAACCGUCGCCUUGUUUAAUACAGCUGACCAACAUGACAGAUGAUUACGUGGCUUUUACGUUUGUACUGCCCCAGCAAGGCAAUGUGCUCUACUACCACGAAGCAAUUGGCACGGGUAUCAUGCCACCAUGGUCAACACGAGGAGUUGUUGUAGACAUGCUGGUGAAGGAGAAAGCACUUACAGAGAUGAUGCAAUGCAAGGACACAUGCGUUGUGCGGAGCGUCGUCGUGGACAAGGGUUUAAGGAACGAUGAUGUGACGGUGGAAUUCUUCGAUGAUCAAAUUGGUGUGCACGAGAUGGAGUUGGACAUUGUGUUCGCAGAGCAGCCCCAAGCAGCUUCUUCAUCAAUGCGACAUCCUAUGUUCGACGACGAUCAGGAUUGGGAAGAGGACCAACUGGAGUUAUUGGGAGACAGGGCCAUGCUGAUGAGCCCUUUUUUAAUUGAGACGGAGUUGCUGCACAUCUACCCUGCAGAGCUCCAUGUCUCAUACGAAGGAGACGAAGAAGGAGACGACGGUGAGUACAUAAGCCUAGCCAACAAGACAGAUGAUGAUGUUAUGUAUGCCAUCAAUUACUACUAUGACCGACGAGGGGAAGUCUUCAGCAUAAUCGCCCAUGACAAAGGCGUUUUGCCGCCCCAAUCCACUUGUGCUGUCCGUGUGCAUUGUGUGAGCAAUCAUCAUUACCAAGUUGGAGUGACGAUGAUCAGUGGGAGCCGCCGUUAUCGUACCGCUGAUGAUUUCUUUGAUAACUACACUUGCGACACGCGUGAGGAACUAAUGAGUCAAGUCAGAUCAGAGGGAGGAAAGGUGCACGAGGCGCUGUUGGCGUGUGUCGUACACACCUCUCCUCACCCAGAGAGCGUGGCAACAGAUUGUAAGCAGCACCAGGUGAUACACAGCAUGGACGAUGAGAUUGGUCUCGGAUCCCUGCAGUGCAUGGACGUGCAUCCAACAGAGCCAUGGAUCGUCACCGGUCAUAGGAACAGGGUUGUUUGCAUUUGGAAGAUAGACCCCGAGACAGGUGCGUGUGAGGAGAGGAUGAUGUCUAAGAUGACUGGUACACCGAUAUCGGACUACUUUUUUUGGAUGAGUUCAGUCAAGUUCAUUGCACGAAUGCAAUGGGUGGUGUGCGCAGCGUAUCACAGCACAUGCAUCGCGGUGUUCACAUAUGCUGAUAAUGGACUGACAGAAAUCAAGAGGUUUCAAGCUGACUAUCAAUUACACAAUCUAAAAUCUUUGGCAGUCCAUCCAACUCUCCCGUAUCUGCUUUCUUCCUCCGAGGGCAAUUUCAUCCAGCUAUGGGACUGGGACAAGGGAUGGAUUUGUAUUCGAAAAUUCAAAUGUUCUCGUGCAGAUACACUAAGGAGCGUCAGUUUCCAAAUGACCUUUGACCCCAAGGAUGCCUACUCCUUUGCCAGUCUUAACUACAGUGGAGACAUAAAUCUCUGGAACAUAUAUUAUGAAAGACCGAUCACCAGCUUCCGUGGGGAUACUGCUGCUAUUGCUUAUUGCAACACAGGUCCUAACAUGCAGCGUAUGCUGGCUGUGGUCGACGACACAGAGAAGAUAGAGAUAUUGGACUUGCGCUCAAACACUACACAUGUUCAAACACUUGAAGCCGCAAUGCGAAUUGAGGGAUACAAGGAAUUGAGCCUUAUUGCCUGUCACCCUACGCUUCCUUUAUUAGCUACAACAUGUAGCAUAUGCGCACCCUAUACAGGUGCCCUGUGGAACUACACUAGUUACGGGCUUAAGAGAGUCUAUACAUUUAAUUGUGGUGACCCGGUCAGGGGUCUUGGAUUCAUAGACAUCGAGGGCUUCCAAAGGCUCGUGAUUGCAACCUACAAAGGAAUACAAAUAGUGGACAUUUUAGAUGGGGCAACGUUAAGCGGUCGUCCAGGGGAUAGCUUUUCUGUUUAAGCCCUGUCGGAAACACAAGCUGUUAUGACCGGGAUUACGUGCUAGAGGCGCGGCAAGCGGCAACGAGGCUAGACGUACGUGCACGACAGCACGAGGCGGCAGCUGUUACGGAGAUCCAAUUAAGUUAUCAGCUUUAGUUCGUUUGAGUCGUAAGAUAUUUACUAAUCCCUCCAUC